AUGAAAAGUUCCUGUGUUUUCGGUGACGGUUCCACACUAAGGCAUGCACGGGGUUCACUUCCACAUGUAUAUGUGUCCCAAGAGAAUUAUCAUCCAAGAGCAAAACUUGACAGGAGGAAAACCACUCCUUACUUUUCUAAGAAAUACUCUAAAGGAGCUCCAAGCCCUCCAUGGUGGAAAGCAUUCAGUAAGUGGACGCUUCCUCGAUCCCCAUUCAACCUGGUGCUAGAGACGCUCUUUCAUGAUCCAUGGAAGCUUCUUAUUGCAACCAUGUUUCUCAACAAAACCUCUGGUAAAAAGGUGUGGAUGUUCCUGGAGCAAUACGCUUGUGCUGAAGUGGCCCGAGCAGCUGACUGGAAGGAAAUUGCAGAGCUUAUGAAACCACUCGGCCUAAAUGAACUGAGAGCCAAAGCUAUCGUCAAAUUUCCUGAUGAGUUCCUGAAUAAACCGUGGAAAUAGCUGAUUGUGCUGCGUGGCAUUUUGAAGUAUGGAAACGAUUCCUACCGGAUUUUUUGUAGCAAAGAGUGGAAGGAGGUACAGCCUCAAGAUCACAAACUGAACAAGUACCGGGCCUGGCUUUGGGCGAACCAUGAGAAAGAAGCUUGGUCUGACGCAACCAAAGGACAUUACUUCGGCCACCCUCAUACCCCCACCAUUCCCACCCGACCCCGGUCCCCGUUCAGGUCCUAA